AUGCCACCAAUUCGCAAUAAAAAUAAGAAAGAUUUAGCUGAGCAAGAGGGACAAAUUUUAUUAGCUAUUUCUGAUUUACAAAACGGACGAAUCUUCCGCGUGGCUCAAGCUGCAAGGAUUUAUAGUAUACCUCGGGCGACUCUACGAGACAGAUUAAACGGCACUCAGCAGAGAUCUCAAGUACGCGCCAACAGUCAUAAAUUAACUCAGUGUGAGGAGGAAUCGCUUGUCAAAUGGAUACUCGAUCUAGAUAAACAGAUUGAAUCAAAGUUCUCGCGGAAAUAUAACUAUGAACGUGCUAAAUGCGAAGAUCCGAAGAUAAUCCAAGAAUAUUUUGAUCGCGUACGAGAGGUUAUAUUACAGUAUGGGAUCUUGCCAGAAGAUAUCUACAAUUUUGAUGAGCCGGGCUUUGCUAUGGGACUCUGUGCGAAUGCAAAAGUUAUCACUGGAAGUGAUCGAUAUGCUCGGCCAAAGCUAUUGCAGCCUGGUAAUCGAGAAUGGGUAACUGCAAUUGAGGCAGUUAAUUCGAUUGGAUGGGCAUUGCUUUCGUACAUUAUUUUCAAGGCAAAGAAAUAUACUCGAUUAGGCUGGUUUGAGGAUUUUCCAGAUGAUUGGAAAAUCAAUAUUAGCGAUAAUGGAUGGAUGGACGACAGAUAAGAUUGGAUUAGAAUGGCUGAAAACUCAUUUUAUUCCUCUUACCGAUGGCCGUACAUUGGGAAAAUAUCGGAUGUUGAUUCUUGAUGGUCAUGGAAGCCAUUUAACUGCUGAAUUUGACCGUACAUGCACUGAGAAUAAUAUUAUUCCAGUCUAUAUGCUCCCCAUUCCUCGCAUCUUUUACAGCCUCUUGAUGUUGGCUGUUUUGCUGUUUCAAAGCGA